AUGUCGGUUGGCCCUCACUCCAACCCAGCUCAACUGAACAAGACCGACAUUUUGACCAUGUUCUCCAGCAUCUACACUGCAGCCGAGAACAGCAGCGCCCUUGGUCGUACCAGGUUCCUUUCACGGCAUGUCAAGUCUACCACCAGCAUCAAGGACUCUGACCUUUGGAUUGGCAUUGGACAGUACACCAUCACGGAUCGCGGCACCUACAUGUACCUUACCAUCUUGGAAGACCUGCAGCGCCAGACGACCCUCUACAAGAAGGCGACCGACAGUUCCGGUGAUUUCCUGCUCAACCCUGCCCACAUUCCUGAUGGCAACAAGGCCGCAAAUGCUAAGAUGGCGGAUAGCUUUGCGCAGUGA